CCUAUGUUUGCCUAUUGGAAAGAACAAUUGUUUGGAAUUGAACACGACGAAAAUGCUCUGGCAAAUUGGCUUCAAGAACGCGGUCCCGUCACUCUUUCAGAUUCCCUCUUUAUCACAACUGUUGUGCUGUUUGGAUUAGUCGACUCGCAUGAUCUUGCAGGUCUCCUUGAAGUAGCCCUUGAGGAGGUUGAGACGCAAAUACCUCUCCAUCAAGAAGAGGAGAACUGCUCGGUAAACUACGUUGUUGAAAUAAUUGUAUCAACAACACUUAAUUUAUUCCUAGUUUCGUGGCGUGUAGGCCCAAAUUUGACACUCCUCGCAGUGAACCCUGUUGGGUAUGUGGGAACAUGCCCACCACCUAGCUCGCUCGAUUCCAAGUGCUUCGGACCUACAAAGGCCAUGGAGAAGGCUGCUCAUGACAAAUGUCAUGCCUGGCUUCUCGCGUCAUCUCAAUCUCAAGACACUACGCAAGUUGCUUCUAAUGCCGGCACCCCCCCCAACUCUCCUCGUCUUCAAGAAUCCCUCCUUAGGCGUGGUGACAUACUUUCCUCCCUGCCCCGUUCGAUGAAAUCUUGGGUCGAUAAUGCGACAUAUUCUAUGUACAUAAGCGCGUGUUUUGCAGAAACCAACGAGCCCCUACGUAUCGACAAUAAAGAGAGGUUCACCCGAAAGGAGUACAAAUCGCCGGAUACGCUCAUGUCUAUUUUCCAUAUUCUGGACUUGAAGACGCAGCGCGCACAGGCCGAAGCAGAUAUGUUUUCCGAAGCUAUUGAACGCACCGCUGAGAUUGAGCUCACUGAUGACGGUUUGUCUUCUGGUUCAGGAACGACUACGACAUGUGAUUCACGUUCACCUCAUGAUUGGUUUGAUGAUUGGUUUUCUUCUUCUUCUGCACCUUCUAAUGCUUCCGACUCUGACAUGCUGUGA